GCGACCAUUUACAAGUUACAUUGCUCAAAGAGAAGUCUCAUCUAUACAACAAUGUCUUCUACUCCUUCAUUCGAGAGGGGCCGGUUCUACAGCAGCUACUCCCGCGGUAGUACAGGCGAGUAUCAGCCUCGUCCCCCCAGUGCCGAAGGGAGGGCGGCCGGCAAGACGUUUCAAGCGGCCCAAUUCCAAGGAUCAAGACAUGGCUCUUUGGUCGUGUCACCGAACAAGAACAGCCUACACAAGAUAACUAAAAUGUUCAGGAGCAAAGAAGGGAAAGGAGGGACCAGCAAAGGCCCUGGUGGAGAUAAACUUCGCGUUCCUUCUGAAGCCGAGGCAGGUCUGAACGGUGAUGGCUCUGGGUUUGUUGGAGGUGCGAGAAGUCCCGAAGGCUCACCCAACGCCUUUAGAAGGAUAAGGUCGUAUUCUGUUGGUAGUAGGACAGCUCUGAAAGUUAGGAGAGGCAAGGAUAGAGAGGAACAAUUCUUCAUGUGGAAACCAGUUAAGAGAAAGAGAUGUGAAUGGGAAAGCAUGUCAGGUAGACAGUUAACCAUUAAGGAUACUCACAUCUCAGAACUUGGUAAAGCAGAAUUGGAGGCACUCCAACAAAUUGCCAUCGCUCGUCUUCAAGAAAUCGACAUCUCAGUGUCUAAAAGCUCUAUUAGAUCGGGAAAGUUAAAAGUUGUCAAAAGAAAAGCAUCUAAUGAAAGAAUUGCUGUCUUUGGCCAGCCCCUAACUGCAGUCUUAGAUCAAGACAAAUCUCGUACACUUACCUCUCCUGUCCAUGCUACACCUCCAGCAGAAGCAAGCUUUACGUCCCCUCCAUCUUCCUCAUCCGUAAUCCCAAGCAAUACUAACAACAACACACAACACUAUCAUCCAGAUCAACCUGUUGCAUCUUCCACUUGGUCUAACAGUCAGCCUGAUUCAUUUGCUCCUUUUACUGUCUCUUCCUCUGAAAAGAGUACCUCUUCAUCUCACAGACCUCUCGCCCGUGAAGACUCCAUUUUACCACCUUCACCCCAAGUCCCUCUUCUUGUCAGAAAGACCAUCGACCAUCUUGACAACAAUGGGAUUAAAACUGAAGGAUUGUUCAGAGUCCCUGGGGCUAAAGCUCGGAUUGACAUGAUUAAGCAGAAAUUCGAUGCUGGAGAAGAUUUCGAGCUAACGGAAGACACAAGUCCUCAUGAUGUUGCUUGCGUCUUUAAAGAGUUCUUCAGGUCCCUACCAGAGCCUCUAAUGACCAGAGAACUCUAUUAUCCGCUACUCAAGACAAGAAAGCUAACUACUAAAGGUUUACAAAAGACUGCUCUCCGUUACUUAGUCGUCCUCCUACCACGCCCCAACAGAGACACUCUUCAAGAGCUAUUACAAUUUUUAUGUCGAGUGGCACUUCAUUCAAAUGGAAUCAUACUAAUGGACGGGACUGAGGAGUCUGGGAAUCGAAUGACUGAAGAUAAUCUAGCUACAGUCCUCGGUCCAAAUAUACUCCACAAUGAAUGUAGAUCCAAGAGUCCUCAGUCCAGUUAUUCAGUCAUGAAGCAGGAUCCUGAAGAGCUAUCUCUUGUCUGUCAGGUGAUGGCUGAUCUCAUAAAGAUGCAGGACGCCAUUUUUACUGUCCCAGCUGAGCUUUAUGAUGCAGCCUUGCAGCAUUUGUUUCUCUUUGACCAUGAAGCAGUUGAUGCCAUCAUGAGAAGAAAGUGCAUCGAAUUAGAGUUCAAUGAAAGUGACAGUAAACCUGAUGUCCCUCUCUCUCCUCAAGACGUUCCUUCUCCUCAGUCAAAUGGUUGCAUAGGUCUAGAAGAACUCGACUCUCCUCAGCGCUCGGCAACAAUCGCUUCCACCCCAUCAACGCUCUCCGUUAAAGCCUUCCAACGUAGCCAUAGCUAUCAAGAAACCGAACGCUCCCUCGACAAUGUCAUGAAAGACUUGGAAGAGAUGCUGAGCGAAGGAUUAGGAGUGAGUUAUAGGCGUCACUCCAGCAACGACUCUGCCAUGGGCGAGAGUGAAUGCGUCACGUCUCCUCUGCAGAACGGUCAAACUCAAGACUCAGCCGACCAUCAUCUUGAUGACCCCCACAUGUACAAUAGCGUUGACUCCGCCCUUUCUAAUCACUCUCCGCAUCACUCCACCUCCUCGGAGGAAGGUUGUGCCCGUAUUGAGUGGGUGGAAGAAGUAGACUCUCCUUUUAUAUCCUUUCCUAAUACACCCUCGCUAUCACUCCACGCCCACAUGUCUAGCGGUAUCAGUGUUCAUUCGGAAAGCCCUGGGCCUAUUGCUAGUCCUUAUCGUGUUAAUUCACCUAAAUUAGGCAAAGUUGGUACUCUGAUGGUUUCGGAGCUGGCGGGGUCUCUACCCGUGCUUGCUCCUCUUGCUAUUGAGAGCUUAAGUCAGUCAACGACUCACUCUUCUCUCUCUCGUACCUCCUCCUCUCCUUUCUCCUCUUCUAAGAAGCUGAGGAAGAGCACAGCGUCCAUUAAUAGUCAGGACUCUAGAGGUAGCAAGAAGGAUCUUAGAAAGAAGAAAAAGACCGGUCUUGAUGAGAAGAUGCCUUCUUUUGAUCUCCAACGCUCUCCCAUAUUAGGAAGACGAGAGGUAAAACCUGUUGCGGCUAGUUCUCCGGCUAGCGGUGGAUCUGGCGGCGAGACUCUUCAUGACAUCACUCCUCGUUUUCAUUUUAACAUACAGACCUCUACCGAAGUGCUUAUUUAACAAAAAAGAAAUUACAUUACCAUGACUUAUUCACUCUCUCACUCACUCGUCGAAUUUAUCAUAAACUCGUUUGGUUUUUUCUCUUGCUUACUUUUUAAAUGUGUCGCUUUUGCUUUGGUAACUGUUGUCAUGCAUAUAAACUGUCGUCGGAAAUUUUAAAAAUAACAAUUGCUCUAGUUGUUGUCGUCA